AUGGUCUGGAUGAGGACCCUGGAGGUACAGAAUCCACUCAUCUUAAAACUGAAAGAAAGCACCAGGCUGAUGUAUAACGGGGACAUCGCCAUAAAUGCAGGACGCAGCGCCAUGCGGUGUGCCGGUGGGACCUGCUUCUGGCCAAAGUCCGCGAAUGGACUCGUUAAUAUCCCAUACACCCUGUCUUCAGCAUACGCCCCAGAAAACAGAUCAUUGAUCACCAACGCCAUGACGGAGUUUGCCUCUCUGACCUGCAUCCGUUUUGUGCCGAGGACCAACGAGGUCGAUUAUCUCAGCAUCAUCUCUGAGAGCGGGUGCUGGUCAUCCAUGGGUCGGUCAGGAGGGGCUCAAGACUUGUCUCUGGACAGAAGUGGCUGUAUAGUUCAUGGAGUCAUCCAGCACGAGCUGAACCAUGCCCUCGGCUUCGAACACGAGCACAGUAGGAGUGACCGGGACUCUUACAUCAAGGUCAUGUGGAACAAUAUCAUUCCGGAAUAUAAGGACGCUUUCAACAAGAUUGACACCAACAACCUUGGCUUGGAGUAUGACUACUCCUCGGUGAUGCAUUAUGGGAAGUAUACGUUCAGCAGGAACUAUCUCCUGCCCUCCAUCGAGCCGAUACUCAACAAGUUUACGCCGAUCGGGCAGAGAUUUGGACUAAGUAACCUGGAUGUCGCAAAAAUUAACAGGCUGUACGGCUGCAAUAUCUGCAGCUCGGUGUUAUCAGAUUUCGGAGGUACUUUUUCCUCUGCCUCCUACCCGUCAAGCUACCCCAACAACAACAACUGCACCUGGUUAAUCCGAGUUCCAUCCGACAAGGUAGCCUUGCAGUUCAGUGCUUUCGAUAUCCAGACCUCCAGAGACUGCGCGUCGGAUUAUAUCAGGGUGUUUGAUGGAAGCAGCAGGACGUCUCCUCUGUUGCUGGACCGGUCCUGCGGAACGGGGCAGAUGCCAUACUUGGUGUCUUCUAGGAACGCGUUGCUGGUGGAGUUCAUCACCGAUCAAUCCGUUACUGCGACUGGCUUCAGAGCAUCGUAUAGCACAGUUACCUGUGGAGGCACAUUCACUGCACCCAAGGGAGAAGUGUCUAGUCCUGGAUAUGAUCAGAUGAAGCUCUAUCCUCCGUACGCUGACUGCACAUGGACUAUUCUAGCCCCGGCGGGGUAUCUGGUGCGUUUGGAGUUUGUCGCCUUCAGCCUGGAGGACAGCGAUUCGUGUGCUUAUGAUUCUCUGGAGAUUAGAGACGGGAUGCUACCUACAUCUCCUCUACUCCGGACUCACUGUGGCAAAGUAAAGAUCCCAACCGUUACCUCAACCCGGAACGCACUGCUUCUCAAGAUGAGCAGCGAUAACUCCGAGGAGUCAACCGGCUUCCUGGCAAAUUAUGCUUUUGGUAAGACUUAUUCCUCAGGUUCCAGCUGUCUAAAUGAUGGAAGACAAACCAACCGAGCAUCCAUUUACUACGUGCACAAAGUCACCAAGACAAUCCAGAAGAUAGAUGUUUACCGAAACAUGAAGGAAAUGAAAGUGAUUCACGUUUACACUCAGACACAUGUGGAAUCUUGUUGA